AUGCCUGUCAUCCAGCGCACCGCUGUGCGGGCUGCUAGCCGCACCGCUCUCCGAGCCCGACAGAACGCCGCCGCUCUCUCCACCGUCGCCCGCGCCGCUGUCAACGCUUCGUCCAGCGUCCGUGCCGCCGCCCCCAAGGUCGCCAUCGCUGCCGUCAAGCCCGCCGUCCAGGCUCGCGGCCUUGCCACCGAGACCUCCCCCAAGGGCCAGACCGGUGCCGUCAAGACCGUCAUCGGUCCCGUCGUCGACGUCCAGUUCGACACCGAGGAGCUCCCCUCCAUCCUCAACGCCCUCGAGGUCCAGGAUGUCCAGGGUGGCGGUCGUCUCGUUCUCGAGGUCGCCCAGCACCUCGGUGAGAACACCGUCCGUGCCAUUGCCAUGGAGGGUACCGAGGGUCUCGUCCGUGGCCAGAAGGUCGUCGACACUGGCCUCCCCAUCCAGAUCCCCGUCGGCCCCGGCACCCUUGGCCGCAUCAUGAACGUCAUUGGCGAGCCCAUGGACGAGCGCGGACCCAUCAAGGGCAAGAAGCUCGCUCCCAUCCACGUCGAGCCCCCCGCGUUCGUCGACCAGUCCACCAAGGCCGAGGUGCUCGAGACCGGUAUCAAGGUCGUCGACCUCCUCGCCCCUUACGCCCGUGGUGGUAAGAUUGGCCUCUUCGGUGGUGCCGGUGUCGGAAAGACCGUCUUCAUCCAGGAGCUCAUCAACAACGUCGCCAAGGCUCACGGUGGUUACUCCGUCUUCACCGGUGUCGGCGAGCGUACCCGUGAGGGUAACGAUCUCUACCACGAGAUGAUCGAGACCGGUGUCAUCAACCUCGAGGGUGACUCCAAGGUCGCGCUCGUCUUCGGUCAGAUGAACGAGCCCCCUGGUGCCCGUGCCCGUGUCGCCCUUACCGGUCUCACCAUCGCCGAGUACUUCCGUGACGAGGAGGGCCAGGACGUGCUUCUCUUCAUCGACAACAUCUUCCGCUUCACCCAGGCCGGUUCCGAGACCUCGGCUCUGCUCGGCCGUAUUCCCUCGGCCGUCGGUUACCAGCCCACCCUGGCCACCGACAUGGGUGUCAUGCAGGAGCGCAUCACCACCACCAAGAAGGGUUCCAUCACCUCCGUCCAGGCCGUCUACGUGCCCGCCGAUGACUUGACUGACCCUGCCCCCGCCACCACCUUCGCCCACUUGGACGCCACCACCGUGCUGUCCCGUGGUAUCUCGGAGCUGGGUAUCUACCCCGCCGUCGACCCCCUCGACUCCAAGUCGCGUAUGCUUGACCCUGCCGUCGUUGGCCGUGAGCACUACGACACCGCCACCAGCGUCCAGAAGCUUCUCCAGGACUACAAGUCGCUCCAGGACAUCAUCGCCAUUCUGGGUAUGGACGAGCUCUCGGAAGAGGACAAGCUCACCGUCGAGCGCGCCCGUAAGAUCCAGCGUUUCAUGAGCCAGCCCUUCGCCGUCGCUCAGGUCUUCACCGGUCUCGAGGGCAAGCUCGUCUCGCUCAAGGACACCAUCUCGGCCUGCAAGGAGAUCCUCCGCGGUGACCACGACGCCCUCCCCGAGUCCGCCUUCUACAUGUGCGGUGGCAUCGACGACGUCAAGAAGAAGGCUGAGGAGAUCGCCCGCAACAUCUAA